AUGGAGAAGAAGUUUACCAAAAUCCUGGAAGUAUUCAAGAAAUUGCACAUCAACAUUCCAUUUGCGGAGGCCUUAGAGCAAAUGCUGAGCUAUGUCAAGUUCAUGAAGGACAUCUUGUCCAAGAAGAGGAAGAUGGAGGACUUUGAAACUGUGGCAUUGACGGAAGAUUGUAGUGCUAUACUGCAAAAGAAGCUCCCUCCUAAACUGAGUGAUCCUGGGAGUUUCACAAUACCGUUCACUAUUGGGAGAAUUGAGGGAAUAAAUGCUCUUUGUGAUUUGGGGGCUAGUAUCAACCUAAUGCCAUUGUCAGUUUUCAAGAGAUUGCAACUUGGAGAAGCCAAGCCCACAACUGUAACUUUGCAGCUGGCUUAUUGUUCGUUGGCACAUCCAAGAGGGAUAAUUGAAGAUGUCCUUGUCAAAGUGGACAAGUUUAUUUUUCCUGCUGAUUUCAUAGUUCUUGAUAUGGAAGAGGAUAGCAAUGUUCCCAUUAUCCUUGGGAGGCCCUUCUUGGCAACAGGCCAAGCACUUAUAGAUGUUCAGAAGGGUGAGUUAAAGUUGAGAGUGCAAGGGGAAGAAGUUGUAUUCAAUGUGCUCAAGGCCAUGACUUAUCCUGAAGCUAGUGACAACUGCUUUUCGAUUGAUGUAAUGGGUAACUUAGUGGAAGAGAGAAAACUGAUAAAUGAUCCUCUUGAGUUGAGCUUGGUUGAAGAUGAAGUUAGUGAUCAAGAUGGAAAGGAAGCUAUGGAGUACGCAAAAUGGCUUAAUUCUUAUGGGCCAUUGAAGAGGAAAUACUUUGAAGAGCUUGGGGUAGUGCCAAAAAGGUCAUUUCCCUUAGUUGAGAAGCCCCCGGAGUUAGAACUGAAGGUGCUUCCUAACCAUCUGAGGUAUGAGUUGUUGGGUGAAAACAAGACACUUCCGAUUAUAGUUUCAACUUCACUUUCUGAUGUGGAGACUGAAAAAUUGUUGAGAAUUUUGAGAGAGCACAUGAAGGCCAUUGGGUGGACUUUGGCAGACAUCAAGGGGAUCAGCCCCUCUACUGUUAUGCACCGGAUUUUAAUGGAGGACGGAGUCAAACCAACCAUAGAUGCCCAAAGAAGACUCAAUCCGCCAAUGAAGGAAAAUGUGAGAAAAGAAGUGGUGAAGUGGUUAGAUGCAAGGGUGGCUUACCCACUUCAAUUUCUGACAGUAAGUGGGUGA